AUGAGCAAAGGAAAAUCAACAACAAGCACAUCUGAAGUUUCGAAAGGUGCAGAAGGUCGUCGGCAUAUCAAUGUUCGACACAUGCAGAAUGUUCUUCUAAUCUGGUUAGAUAGUAACAUUGACGAAACAAAUGACGAUUGCCAAGAUACAAUCACAAAAUUACAAUGUGUUGUUAACGACAUCAAUACAUUUACCGAUGGCGAUCAAUGCAUUGAAUUUAUUGAAGCCGCCAUCGAUAACAAAGUAUGUAUGAUCAUAUCCGGGUCACUUGAACAACAUAUUGUGGCUCGUGUGCACAAUAUGUCUCAAGUUGAUUCGAUUUUUAUUUUUUGUGACAACCAAAAACAUCACGAACAAUGGGUCAAACACUGGCCUAAAAUAAAUGGUGUUUUCACAGAUAUUACAUUCGUCUGUGAAGCACUGAAGGUAGCUGCUUAUCAAUGUGAACAGAAUGCUAUUCCCAUGAGUUUCGUGGGAACAAAUAAAAAAUUGGAUCAAUUAGAUCCUUCUUUUAUGUACACCCAAAUUAUCAAAGAAAUCUUAUUAACCAUCACAUUCAAACAAGAUCACAUUCAAGAUUAUCUUACUUACUGUCGUGAUACUUUUGAAGGUAAUAAAAAACAAAUUGAAAACAUUAAACGAUUAGAAGAUGAAUACCACAACAAAACAUCAAUUUAUUGGUACACCUGUCAAAUGUUCCUCUAUCCCAUGCUCAAUCAUGCAUUACGAUUGAUGAAUGGUGAUAUCAUUAUACACAUGGGUUUCUUCAUUGGUGAUUUGCAUCGACAGAUUGAACAACUGCACCGGGAUCAAUAUCAUGACACAACUUCUGCUAACACCCUUAUCGUGGUCAAGGUUUAUCUACAGGAGAUUUUGAAAAAAUGA